UUCUUCUUUUUUGGAAACACAAAUUUUUAUUUUUCUAUAUAGAUGUAAAAUAAGUUGUCAGAUCUUUGAAAAUACCAAACUCAAAAAAAAGAAAAUGAGAAAUUUGGAUAAAGCAAUGUACAAAUCCACUGCUGAAAACCUCGGAUCAACAAACGGCACUAAACUAUGAUUCCAAACGGUUUCUAUAGCCCCAAAUUUUCAAACUCUAAUUUUCACCCAGAUUAAACCUGCAAACCCCUUCCUUUCCUCCAAUUUCACCUAAAUUUGAUCGAUUGAUUAACGAAUUGGCUAGAAAGUCUAGUGCUGCUUGUGAAAUGUCUAAAAAUCAUGGAAAAUGCUACAUUCCUCAGCAAUGAUAAUCAGUGCCAUUUGCUUAGGAUGAAAGGAAGCUUUGGUGGCCAACAAGCUCCACGGUCUUUCACCAAGCUCAUUCUGAGUGUAAUUAAAAUUCUCUCAGGCGUUUCCUUGCUCCGGAGUUUUAUUUCUCAUGAAAGCAAUCUCUCAGGAGGGCAUAGUAGCAUGGAACGUACUUCUCAUGAAAGCUUUGAUCAGUGUGAUCCACGCAUGAUGUCUGGUCAACCAAGAUCUACCUACUCGAGUGUGGAAGCCACUCAGGCGUCUUCACAAAAAUGGAGAGCUAAAUCUUCUCAGGCAGGAUCAAGCAAUGGAACAUCUUGUAAUUUAAAUCAUGCAACACAUGUAAGCAGAGCUGAUUCUGGAGUGGAAUCUUGUACUCGAAACAGAAAGCCAAGGUUUGCCAACUCUGGAAUUGCAGAUCCUUUCAUAUUUCAUAACAAUAAUUCUGAACCCUCAAAGUGGGAAUCACGAGAUGGUAGCGCAGUUAUGAUUGGACAUACAGAUACAAGUGAUUUUGUAUCAGUAAGCCAACAAGAAUCAAACAAUGUGGAAUAUCUUCAUUCCCAGGAGACCUCUUGUUCUUCAGUUGGUGAUGAAGUUAAGUCCAACCUCUUGGCAGAAUGUCUUCUCACAGCUAUUAAGACAAUGUUGUUUGCCACACUCAAGUCGCGCAAGGAAUGACAUUUUUCCAUCUAAAUCAAGCCUCACUAUCUACCAUUGCACCAAUACACCUCUCACUGACCAAGAGCUAGAUUUUCUUGUCACCAUAUUGGGUUUGCUCGUGAAUUUGAUGGAGAAGGAUGUUGGUAACAGAUCUCGGCUUGCCGCAGUUAGUGUUUCACUACCCUGCCUAGUAGGUCUUGACUUGAGGAAGCAAAGCAAUAUGAUUCCAAUUCUGUGCUCAAUCUUUUUGUCUAAUCAAGGCAUUGAGGAUGCUGCCGGAGAGGGAAAAUGUUUGUCCUGGGAGGAUGAAGAAUCCAUAAUACAAGGAGAGAAGGAAGCUGAGAAAAUUAUUGUAGAAGCUUAUGCUGCUCUUCUUCUUGCUUUUCUUUCAAUGGAAAGCAAGAAAGUGCGCAACACCAUUGCAGAAAGCCUUCCCGGUCGCAACUUGAAAAUUCUUGUUCCGGUGCUGGAGAGAUUUGUGGAAUUCCAUCUGACGCUAAAUGUGAUCUCGCCGGAGACACAUUUUACUGUUCUCAAAGUCAUCGAAUCAUGUAAGAUGCCAUGAAUGUAGCAAAAUAUGCCACCUAAGCUCGUGAACCACCACAGGUAUUCUCAUUGACCGGAUUAUUACCAGGUUCGAGCUUGAUAGUAUACUCGAGUGGCUCGAGGUUGCUCUUCGAUUUUGUUAAAAAAUUUGAUAAUCAAUAUUAAUUCAUACUUAGUUUAUAGUGUAAAUUUUUGUUUUUCUUCGUUAGAUACCUUCUGUAAAACACAAACAUUAUUUGCAGGACUUGUGAGGUUAAAGUUUUGUACGCGCCGAUAUUUAGAUCCAGCUACAUAUUUAUGAA